UAGUGCGUCGCAAUAAACAAGCUUUACCGUGACUAAACCAGCGUGCGAGCAGUCUGUGCUUCGAUUAUGACUUUUUGAAAGACCUCCAAGAUCAAUGGACUUCGUUUAUAUUGUCAUUUUCCUUGCUUUUUGUCGAGUUGCGAACUCAACGAUAUAUCGUUCCAUAAUCUGGAGUCCUGAAAAUCCAGUCUUUAAAGAGACCAAGCUUAGAUGCGUCUUACCGAGGUCGAUGCAGUACUUUCUAUGUCCCAGUCUCUCUCUGAUUGUCACCGACAGAGAGCAACAACCGAAGAAAGAAAACUUGUAUGAAAACAUUUGGUUGGUAGAUCAACAUUCCUAUAAAACCUGCAAAGUKGGUAACACAUCGAAACUGUUGAAAAAGUGCAGCACCCCCCUGACUUUGUCACGGUUUGAUAUCCUGUUCCUUGAUAUGCAUCCAUUAUCAGGGGGGCUGGAGUUUAAGUUUGGCAAGAGUUAUUAUAUUAUUGAUACCAGUCAUUACGUUGCGUCCAUUGAAGUGUUUUAUCGUCUUGGAUUAGCAAUACUGGGCCUCGUCUGCGUUGUAUUCAUAGCGUCCACUCUCUAUCUGGCCAUACGACUUUACAAAUUCACUAAACUCCAUUCAGACUGUAAGAAAUACACCGCACAAUUAACACGUCCAUGCAAUGGRUCURCGGCUCAAUCACCUAMUGACUCUGAAGUCGUUCUGAUAACAUGUACGACGCCGGAAAACACGUGAAACUUGAUUUCUACAGACGGGCAUUCAAAUACGCAUUCAUUCAUGUUCAUUUAGUGCAAAGGGUGGGCGUAAGAUCACGUGCAUCAAAAAUAUCCGAGUAGCUUAGUUGCUGCUAUUAAGCUCGGGAUCCMSUUGGACACAGGGAGCCCGAAUGUCGAAGAGAUUUUCAACCGAUAUUCGCGGCAUAKACUGGUCAGCAUGAAAUGUUGUUGAGACAGUAACCGCUUGUAAAUACCGCUCGUCAUAAAUGGACGUCAAUUGUCUUACAGUGAAUUUUAGAUCUGGUCUAUGCCUCAGGGCAUGACUCAGUGCGCAAUAUUUAUAACUCAUUUGUUACUUACAUAAUUUUGUAGCUUUUUUAAGCGAAUAAAAUAGUUCCUAGCAAGA